AAGAAGCCUGAAACCGCCUUAACGCCAAUAAGUCUAGUUUAUUUUGAAUUUUAGUUUGAUCUGAGAAUCUAUUAUUUUUUUAUUUGGUUUGGUAAAGCCUGUUUUUUAAUUCUGCUAUAAUAUAAUUCAAUAAUAUUUUUAAAACUCUCUGGGCACUUAUAAAAUGUAUGAUUUAUUAAGUGAUUUCGAAACUGUGACUCCUGAGGCUUGGAUAGCAAAUGAGAAUACAUGGAGGGAAAAAUUACUGAAGCUGCAGGAUUGGUUUCAAAUACCUCUUCUAAAUUGCAAUGCCUCUCAUAAUCUACAGAACUGUACUUUAGUUCGUUUUAGAGGUAUGGUACAAGACAUGCAUAAUCCAGAAUUUUAUUUUGAACAUUUUGAAAUCUUUAAUACUGCCACAAAUGAAGUUAAAAUGAAAUCUGGAAAGUACCGUGACACAGCUAAUAUCUUAGAAAAUGAGAAAAUAAACUAUUCUCAAAACUUGAAAAGUGCACAACGUCAAACGAUAGUGGUUGUAUCAAUUCCGGGACUGAAUGAUUGGGCCCAGCAGCUUGAAGACAAGCAGAACCAUUUGAGACGACUAGAACAGCAACCGAACACAUCUAGUAGACUCAAUCCAGUAUCUAGCACAAAGUUGAAACGUAAUUACCAUGAAACUAAUGAAGACACUGAUUCAAUGGAUGUUGUUGAUACAGAAACUUGCUCUAAAGAAAGAAAGACAUGUGAGAAUACUGACAACACCUCAAAUGGUGUGUCUAGAGAACAUCUAUUAAACUUCCCACUGCCUGAUGUGUCCAGCAAAUCUUGUAUUAUUAAAAUUUAUGAAGAAAAUGAUAAUCUAAAGUUGAAUGAUUUAAUUGAGGUGGUUGGUUUUUUAUCAGUGGACCCAGUGUUAUCUGGUGAAUUCCAACCUGAAAAGGAUUCCCUUUUAGAUCCUCAACUCGAGAAUGAAUUAGAAACAAUCACACAUAAUCCUCCACCAAGCCUAGUACCUCGACUGCAUGCUGUAUAUGUGAAGAAAUUGGAUCAUUGUAACCCACUCAUAAUGGAUAAAUUUGAUCAAGCUUCAGUCUUGAAAGAGGCAAAUGUAGCAAGAGAACAUCUGUUGAAAGCAUUAACAGAACUACUUCUUGGCGAUCAAUUGGCAGCUGAAUAUUUAAUAUGCCAUCUUAUUGCUUCUAUUUAUCUUCGACAAGACACAAUGAGCCUUGGUCAGUUUUGCUUGAAUCUGUCCAACUUACCAACAGAAAAGUAUCCUAACUAUGCCAAGCAGUUGUAUGAUAUUAUAAGACAGUUUGUCACAAAAAGUUACUACUUACCACUUACUAUAGACAACAUGAACACAUUGGCAUUACUUCCAAAAAAAGAUUAUGAAUGUAAUCGCCUCACUAGUGGUGUUCUACAGCUGAGCAAAAACACCCAUCUUGUAUUGGACGAGACAAAAAUGGAACAGGGCACACUAGACGCCACCGGUGUCAAUAAUAUCGCGGCUCUCGGCAAUAUGAUUCAAAAUCAGAAAGUGGAAUAUGAUUUUAAAUAUUACAAGAUGAAUUUUGAUUCAGACAUAUCUGUUUUAAUUCUUUCUGAAGGAAAAUCACUGUUACCUAGUGAUUACCAUGUACCCCUGAGGCCAGAAGAUUCUUCUUUGGAGAUUUUCGAUGCAAUUGUGGAGGCUGCAACUUAUUAUCUGAAAGAGGAAAUUAUGAAUGUCAUAAGAACAUAUUUAACUAGUAUCAAACUAGUUAAAUAUACAAUCAGUGAUGAUUUGCAGUUUGUGGAAGAUGAUUUUAUAGAGAUGAGAAGUAAAUCAGAUAAUCAAAAUCCAGUAACUGCUGAUGAUUUACACAGAUUAUUAGUUCUAGCACGACUAGUUAGUCUGUCUCGAGGCCACGAUACAUUGAACAAGGAAUGUUGGGAAAUCACCAAAAAUAUGGAAGCAGAGAGACUUCAUAGACUUAAAAAUCGGAUGUCGGCUAACAAAUUCUGAAAUAAACGCUUUUACCGUUAACAUUUAAGAAUUAUUUAC